ACACUUGUGGUCUACUCUAUGUGCCCUUAACAAAUAUGGCCGCUUAGGUUUUCUGGUUUGUUUCAGUUUAAGUUUUUCGUUCUGUGCCCCUGACAGCCGCUUCCGGUCAUUUUAGUUAUGCGUGUUGUUGCUGUAGGCAGAUAAGACGGCGUAUUCAGGGUAUAGUUCACAGCUGAGCUUGUAACCAUUAACCCAAGUACUGUGUGUGGCAGAGGAUCCAGGAGCAUGGCCGCCCUACUAAAAGAGUUGCGGUUCCCAGUCCCCUGGGGACAACUAGCAGCCAAAGCCUGGGGCCCUCGGGAGGGCCGUCCCAUCCUGUGUCUUCAUGGCUGGCAGGAUAACGCUAACACAUUUGACAGACUUAUCCCGUUAUUGCCACAAGAAAAUCACUACGUGGCUCUGGAUUUCUCAGGUCAUGGCCUGUCCUCCCACAUGCCCCCGGGGUUGAGAUACCAGCAUCUGGACUAUGUGACGGAUGUACACAGAGUAGUAACAGCUAUGGGAUGGAAGAAGUUCUCAAUUGUAGGACACAGUAUGGGUGGCGUCAUCGGUGGAUUGUUUGCCAGCACAUUCCCUAAGUCUGUCGGACAGCUGAUCCUUCUGGAUUCCUAUGGAUUCUUUCCGGUUGUCACGGAUAUUCUCCGUACCCACCUGGAAGUAGCAAUUAUUCAUUACUGCCGCAUAGAGACAACAAACAAACCCAAGGUGUAUACGACUGAGGCAGCCCUGCAGAGGUUACUGGAGGCAAAUUCAGCUCUGACACCUGAGUCUGGCAAAUUGCUUGUGCAGCGCGGCACCAAAGCAGUGCCAGGGGGUGUCACUUUCAGCCGAGAUAUUCGAGUCACUAUGAACAACGCAACGCCCCUCUCAUUGGAGCAGUGCUUAGAGAUCAUGAAAAAUAUUCAGGCCAGCGUCCAAAUUGUGCUAGCUGGUGAUGGGCUGCCAAUGGACCUCACCCGGGGAGCUUAUUCUGAUAUAGGACAGAAGCUAAUAAACGGUUAUAAAGAAGUCUUGAAGGAGCGCUGCCAGGUAACCAUGAUCAAUGGAAACCAUUUUGUUCAUUUGAAUGAACCUGAGAAAGUAGCUGAAAUAAUAAAGGGUCAACUACAGGAAAAUUGUCAUCUCCAUUCGCAUCUUUAAGAAGAAGGGAGAAGAUUAACCUGAAUAUCCAGUGUAGCCUAAUGAGCUGAGAAGCACUCCCUACUGGUGACAAAAAGACUGCAGAGAAGCACCUCUUAUUAGUCACCAAACUCCAGAGAUUUCAGUUGUAAACUCGUAAUCGCCAAAAGACUCAAUUGUAAAACGUGUGUACAGGCAACAUCUCUGCUCAUUCCUUGCCAACUCAUGCACUACUAAGUACCACCUCUCACUGGUCCAUACCCUCACCUUAUACUGACUGGUCAUUAUUCCUCACUCAGCCUCAUGUCAACUGGUCCGUAUCCCCACCCUGCCCUCACAGCCUUAUAAUCAACUGGUCAAUAUCCACCACAGCCUCAUACCUGACAGGUCAGCACCCCUCACUGCCUCAUAACGACUGGUCAGCGUCACCACCUUGUGUUCAAACUGACUUAUCUAUACCAGCUCCCUGCCCUUACACCUGAUUAGUCAGCACUCCCCUCCAGCACUCAUAUCGACUUGUCCAUUGCUGCACAGCCUCAUACCUGACUGAUCAGCACCCACCACUGCCUCACACCUCAAUCGUCAGCACUCCCCAUCCUCCCUUACAGCCUCAGUACCCCCACCGGGUCAUACAGGAUUUUGCAGUACAGCCCACCCAGAGUGUAGCCUUUGAAGACUAGAACAAAGGUGGAGAACUGUGACAGUGUCUUCCAGUUAAACCAGUUUUAUAUCACAGUUUCAGGCUUCUCUUACUGGGAUUUAUUUAAGGGUAAAAGCUGUGCACCCAGCACACUCUGUCUUCCUACAAAGUUAUUCCUGAGUCAGUUGUUUUGGAAGCUAGUGUGAGAGUAGUCAGAAGUAGUUUCCUAGGUCACUGCUGCAUCAGGUGUAAGAGUAAAAACACUGCUUAUCACUUUUCCGAUAGGAAGAGACACACUAUCAGAUUUUGAUUAAGUUUGUGCCGAGUGAGGGAAUGAAACCACAUUGCCGUUAGUACCCUGUUUAUGCCCCUUCCAGAGGGGCACACAGCAGAGAAAGUGCACAGCCAGUGUGGUCAUUUGUUUUUAUAUGAGCCCUAAAAGAAUAAAAACGUAUAAUCUACAGUGACAUUGUGUGAGACGCAGCUAAUAGCGAGUGCCAGGAAUCGCUACCCAGAGGAGCAGGUACAGAGUCACAGCCCGAUCUGCAGUAAAGCUACCUCACACGGGGUGUAUCAAGUCAUCAGCUGCUGGUACAGGUUCAUUUAUUUUCUCUAUAAAGAUUUAAUUCCACACUUAA